AUGAACACGCGACCACUCCUGAAAUCAAUAAACAAAUACGUGCUAAUCAGCCUGAGGAGAUCGUCUAGAUCAGUUUACCUUCACCAUGGGCCGAGAAUUGAAGGUUUGAAAAGGGACCCAAAAGUAGCAUAUUUGAAUCCGCAAGGGACAGAAUACGCGCUCAACGAAGCCAACAUAAGCCAGAUCACGUCGUAUUUGGGUUCCGAGUACCAAAUACCCCAAGAUAUCGCGCUCCAAUGCAUCACCCACAAGUCCUUUGCCAAUGGAAUCAAGCCCUACAAUGAAAAACUCGCAGCCAUGGGCUCGAAGCUCCUCAACUUGGCCUUGGUCAAAUACGUCAUCCACAAGAACGCCGCCGCAGACUCAGAAAACCCGACGAGUAUAAACGGCAAGAACCUAUCGGUGUUGGGCUCACGCUGGUCUAGAGAAUUAGCAAGCCCUGAAGCAGCAGGCUAUUUGGCGAGGGCGGAAAGUUUGAACAAGACCAUGUUUUGGACAUCGAGGAACCCCUCGUUGAAGUUUGACGCUAGCGGCGAGUUGAAAGUUAGCUCGCGGUUGCUUUACAGUCUCGUGGGCGCCAUCAAUCUCUAUCAUGGCAAGGCCCAGGCUGAGAAGUUUAUCAGGGAAAACCUCAUUGAAGGGUUGGAGGCGUUGGCGGUGCAACUUGUUGCUGCUAAAAAGUAG